UGGUGGCAGAUGUGGUGUCAGUACCCUGUCUGUCAGUUUGUCAACCCAUGUCUGUCUGUAUGUCUGUCUGUCUAUGACAUUCUGUCUGUAUGUCUAUGUGUUUUUCUCUAUUAAUCUAUCUGUAUGCCUAUCCAUGUGUCGAUCUUUCUGUCUGACCAUCUCUCUAUCUUUAUGUCUAUCUGUAUGUCUGCCUAUAUUUCUGUCUAAUUUCUUUAGAGGGGUCACGGCCCUGUCAUUUUUUUUUCUACAUUCCACGAAGGAGGGGCCCACACAAAGUGGGAUCGCCCUGAUAGGCUGAGCGCGGCCCUCCCUCUUCCCCUUUAAAACACCGACGUCUUACCUGAGUUUCACUAAAGAGCCGCACCUCCUCGUUUUAGUCGCUCAUCUGUCUUCUGACUUUCGGCUUUCAAUAAACUGUCUCAAAAGAGAAAAGCAAGGCGCCGACCGGAUCGGACCGUCUUUCAGAACCAUAUCAGUUUUUUUGUUUUAAUUUUCUAGGGUAUCAACUUGAAGAAGAAACAUUUUGUGUCGACUCUUUGUGACAACUGACCACCGAACAAUCAACCGAAACAAAGGAUCUUCGCCUCUCGUCCCGCUGCCUCCGUCAUAAUGCCUAGAGUUAGGGAACUCAUGGAGCUGAAGAGGGUCCCCAUGGAGAAUGAUGAUGAUAGCACCGCCAGCUUGGACGAGCAUUUCAGAGCCUCCAUUGAUGUGGAGAAGUCCACAAUCGCCAGCAGUCAAUAUAUGGACGAAAAUGACGAUGGGGAAGAAGACAGGUUCUUAUCAAAUGGGCUGAUGAAGAAGAAGAAAUAUGAGGAAGAAGAAUAUCAUCCGGGCCACGCUUCCUUCGGCAUGUCGGUCUUCAACCUGAGCAACGCCAUCAUGGGCAGCGGCAUCCUGGGCCUGUCCUACGCCAUGGCCAACACCGGCAUUGUUCUCUUUACAAUCCUCCUAGUCGCUGUGGCCAUCCUCUCCUUAUACUCCGUUCAUCUUCUCCUCAUGACAGCAAAAGAAGGAGGAUCUUUGAUCUACGAGACGCUGGGGCACAAAGCGUUCGGCUGGCCGGGGAAAAUGGCUGCCUUCGUAUCGAUAAUCAUGCAGAACAUUGGAGCCAUGUCCAGUUACCUCUUCAUCGUGAAGUACGAGCUCCCUGAAGUCAUCCGAACCUUCUUGCACUUAGAGGAGAAUUCAGGGGAAUGGUACCUAAACGGCAACUACCUGGUGAUAUUCGUGUCCAUCGGAAUUAUUCUGCCGUUGUCCCUCCUGAAAAAUCUGGGUUACCUGGGCUACACCAGCGGUUUUUCACUGUCUUGUAUGGUCUUCUUCCUGGUUGUGAUUAUCUACAAGAAGAGCCAGCUGCCCUGCCCUCUCCCUUUCAUGUACUCGUCCAACCUCAGUACGAACGCCAGCGACGUUUCCAGGCUGUACGCGCUACGACACAACAUGUCGCAGAUGGACUUCUCGCGGGCCGACGUCUCCCCAGUGGUCACCGGCAACCAGGGCGACCACCACACCACGGGCGUCCACUUCGAGCCUCACCCCGACGACGAGGAGAUGUGCAGGCCCAAAUACUUCGUCUUCAACUCUCAGACUGCAUACACUGUACCCAUCCUGGCCUUUGCAUUUGUGUGCCAUCCUGAGGUGCUGCCUAUCUACAGCGAGCUAAAAGAUCGCAGCCGGAAGAAAAUGCAGCGCGUCUCCAACCUGUCCAUCCUUGCCAUGCUCAUCAUGUACAUGCUGUCGGCUCUGUUCGGCUACCUCACCUUUUAUGACUUCGUGGAGGCCGAGUUGCUGCACACCUUCACCAGAGUUUACAAGUUUGACACCAUGCUGCUGCUGGUGCGCCUGGCUGUCCUCACCGCCGUCACGCUCACUGUCCCCAUCGUGCUUUUCCCUAUCCGCUCCUCCAUCACCACGUUGCUCUUCAAGGGCCGUGACUUCAGCUGGACCCGCCACUUGGUGAUCGCCGCGCUCAUCCUGGCCUUCAACAACAUGCUGGUCAUCUUCGUUCCCACAAUCAGGGACAUCUUUGGCUUCAUCGGUGCUUCUGCAGCUACGAUGCUCAUCUUCAUCCUUCCUGCUGCCUUCUACCUCCGCUUGGUUAAGUCGUUACCAUACAACUCCUGGCAGAAGGUUUUGGCGGCGGUCUUCCUGGUCAUGGGGGUGGUCUUUAUGAUUGGCAGCUUGUCGCUUAUCGUUCUCGACUGGAUCCAUCACCCACCCGGCACCAGCCACGCCCAUUAAAGACCCCCUCCUCCUCACUUACGGAUUUAUAUUUAAGAAAGCAGCAGUCAUCCUUUUCCAACCACACCACAAGCUUCGUCACUUCCCUCGGUUGAAUUAUUCAGACAAUCUUCAGCGUAUCGACUGGAUGUUCUUCAUCCCCAGAACAUCAUUUGGAGGACUAUUUUUUUUUCUUUUGUACGUUAGAAUGCAACAACUUCAGACUUUGACGUAACACGCCGUAACAGGCAGUCUGGAAUCAUCAUCGUGAUGAAGAUAUCAUGCUUCCAGCUGUGAAGAUGCUGAGCGAAUCUUUCACUUGAAGAACAGCAUUGUGAUUGGACUGCAGGGCUGGGAAAGGUGAUGGCGUUUCCCACUGUUUUCCUCCUCCUUCUUCUAAAAUUAAGCUACAUUUACAAAUGGAGUGUGUCGACACCCAUGCAAAACAAGCACUUGGAUUACUUUUCACUUUAUGUGGAGAUGCAGUAGACACCUCCACUUGUAUAAAAAAUAUGCACACAUAUCAAAACAUGUAUUUCUUUAAGCUACUCAUGAAAUUAAUCAACAAAGACGGUUAAGUGGAAAAAAAUCAUCUUUUUUUCCCCCCACUUAAAUUCAUUAAAAACAGUAACAAAUCAGAAACCUUGCCAAAGUCUGCAUUCGUCAGGGACAGUCGUCUUGGCCAGCUGCGUACAAAAAGGUGCUUUCAGUAUUACUGUCAUACAGAACUCUGAACACGGAGGAGACCGAGGUACACAAUCACCUGUAGCUGCUGCAUUAAGUAGCAUUGUACAUAUCUCAGGCGACCUGUCAGAGUUCUCUGUUGUUCAGGUUGCGCGAAGACGAACGGUCAUUUCAAGCAACAUGCCUGCUGGAACAACCUACCAGACACAUAAAGUAUGGCUAGACUGCUGGAUGGAGAAUCACUUGUUACUUUUGCACAGAGUUAGCUGAAACAUCCAGAGGUAACUAGAGAUUUCGUCAGCGAAAGCUGAAAUUGUUUCUCUAAAUAUCCGUAACAUCUAUUCUCUUCUUCAUGUGAAUGCUACAUUUGUAGCCAAGUUUGCAGCUACCUGCUGAUAUUAGGCUGGAGACCGACUGGCUUUUCUAGAAAUUGGAGCUCGGAUUUGGAAAUGAUGUCAGAGCCCAGGAAAGCUCAUGACUUUAGCUAGAUAUCCAUUAUAUGUUUGAGGUGGCCACAUUGGUUUGACGUUGGUGACUGAUGUAAUUACAGUUUCAACAUGUGGUCCAGUCAGGGUUUUUUCCAACUUGGAAGAACUGGAGAAAAAUAUUUUUCUAGCCUCGGAUUUGAGGUGGUAGCUGUACAUCAACAGAAUAUUGUGGUUCAACUGAGAGGAAAACUGUACAAAUGGGGGCAGAUCAAAUGUAUGUGAGGGUCGUUACUAAAAAAAAACCCCAACUUCUUACAUUUUCAAAUUUCACACUUCAGAUUGAACUAUUUCCAAGUCAAGUCAAUGAACUACAACUUUUAGAGAAAGUAGUGAAGGAUUUAAACAUAGUAAUAAUGUCUGUUACAGUCAGUUAUAGUCAAAGUAAGUGCUAUGCUAAUCAAUAGGUGUUUGGUAAAUGUCUUUGAAAUGCUUUUGUACUAAAUCGGUUUUUAAGGAGUAUCUUGAUUUGCAAUUGUCUUUCCAUCAUUAUCAAAGGCUACAAAUAAAGUUAGCUGUCCCAAAGCAUUUAAUUUUAAAACCCCCAAUAAUUACCAGUUAUCAAUAAUUUGGACAAAAGUGGAUAAACACAAAGUCUAAAAGUCAAAUUACAACAUCUUCCCAUUUUAACAAUGGCAUCAUGAAUAGCCAUCAACUGCAUUCUGCACAUUAUCCAUGCUAUGUUUCCAAAGUCUUUAUUAGUACACAUUUAAAGCCAAUACACGUACACAGAUAUUGGGCUGUUGCUCAUUUAAUUUUAUAUUUAUGCUUUAUAAAUCUGGAAAGUCAUUCAUGUAGCUAAGAAAAGCUCUCUUCUGAAAAUGCUGCAUAUGAAGUUAAUGCAACAGCUACUUGUUGAUCCUUGGCAAGAAAUCAACUAGCUGUUUACACACAAAACUAUUUUAUAUUUUCACAAACUCUCAAAUUUACAUUUUUACAACAAAAAAGGUUUGGGGGCGGAGGGCUAGAAAUUUAAAAUGAAUGUUAUACAUUUCUAAAGUAAUCAGUAUCCGUUUCCCCAAAUUUUAUUUCUAAAGGAUUUUUCCAUUUCAGCUAUGCUAGCAUAACCAUCUCUGGCUGCUAGCUGUAUAUCUAGCUCAUGAAUAUAAGACAUUUUUGUCUUUCUUCCUUAAUGUUUGCUACAAAUUAAACAACAUAUAGUUUUUAUUUCUCUGAAACCCAAAGUGGCUGUUCUUUAAACUGUGAUAUUUCAAGAGAAGUGACAAGUUAAAACGUACCUGGGUCACUCACUAUUUGGCUAACAAUCAGUUGCUAGGCUAAAGUGUGUUACUAUUCACCAAUUCGUUGUUACAAAUGCCUUAAAUGCCUUACCUACAUUUUUAAAUGGAGACCUAAAUUGUGCCUUUCAGAUACUUUUUAUUUCUCUAUAUGUUUGGCAUUUAAAACACUUGCCUUUUGUGAAGUAGCUGGUGACGACAUGAGAAUCUCAGAUUCGCCUGAUUCCACCUUCAAUCGUUGUGCCGUUACGUGUCUCGAACACACCCCUGCCAAAGUGGAUAUUUAUAGAUCCUUUUGUGGAUCUACGUACGUGAAGCAAAUAGAUAUUUCAAAUGAAAUAGUGUAUUAUGUGCAUGUUUUUGGAUUAUAAACGUGGUCUUUUUUUGGACAAUUGUACAUGCUGUGUAAAUAAUCCUUAUUUUAUGGUACACCGACAUUCAUCGCUGUUCAGUGGGUUGUGGGGGGUUGUACUUGAGAAGCCUUUUACAAUCAUUUGUUUUUAGUAUAUAUAUUAUAUAUAAAUGUGGAUGAGUGUUAGCCUUUUUUUUGUUCUCUUGCUGUAUGACAGUAGCUUGCUUUUUUUUCUCUCUCUCUCUCUAUGUGAUGCUUGUACAUUUGUCGAAUGUUUUCUCCUUACAUACAUAUUUUCAUAUUUGACCUUUUCAGAUCGGCACGCCUUACGUCUAUUGGAUCACAAUAGCAUUAUUUUCUCAAAACACAUCAGCAUUAAGGCAGUACAGUUCAGUUUUGCUCCGGGUUCAGUAAAGCUAAACCAUGAAAGCAAGACAAUAAUUUUUUUUCACCUCAGGUUAUCAAAAAUGCACAACAAUAUUUCAACUCCCUGCCAACAAUCGUUGAUGGCUGAAGGUCCUAUUUUACUGAGGCUUGCGAUGUGUGUCAAUGCUGUCCUAGAAACAUCUUUGGUGAAGUUUUAUUUUGUAUAACUUUACUUGAAUCAAAGCAUUUUUUAGCCUGAUAAAGCAAAGACACCUUUGCUUUAUCUUUGCUUUAUGUUCAGUAUUGAUUUUACGAAUGUUUUUUUUGACCUCAGUUCAAUGUAAGAGAUUCAUCGCCUCGUCAGGUCGGGUCUUCUUACGAAGAAGUAGAACUACCCACACUACACAUUGACCCUCUAAGUAUCUCAGGUCCGCGGUCUGGAUUCAUUUGUCCCCCACACGUUUGCGUACAGCGUCGAAGAAUUUUACCUCAGCCUAUGCUGUACAGACGGACGCAUUUUGUGCUGGCACAGACAAACGGCCUCCUCGUGCUUUUUCUAAAGCAAAUGCCGAUUCGAGGGGAGGGUGAACAAAACCGCCUCGGCCUUAGUUUUCUACGGACCCUCAGGCACGGAGAAGCACUGGCUCGAUGUUUUUGCUGUUCCCGGUGUCUUUACUCCCUGUGGAUCAGGCUAAACAUUCAGAUUUGUAAUUUACUUAGAGAGUGUUUUAUUGUUGUUGUUUGUUUUUUUUUUGUAUCAGUGAUGCUGUUUCAUUACGAGGAACAAUAAAAUGUGAUAAGAAAA